AUGGGGACAGGCCCUGGCACAGCUCCAGCAGGACUCUGGUCACGGUGGGACCCUCUGGAAUCCCUUCCAGCAGAGCGCAGGGGUUGGGAUGGGGCACUUCCAGCAGCUGGGUCCGGAGCCUCCCGAGCCGAGCCCUGCCCCGGCGCUGCCGCGGAGCUGUCCCGGCACACACUGGGAGCUGUCCCGGCCCUGACUGGGAGCACUGGGAGCUGUCCCAGCCCAGAGUGGGAGCACUGGGAGCUGUCCCAGCACGCACUGGGAGCUGUCCCAGCCCAGACUGGGAGCACUGGGAGCUGUCCCAGCACGCACUGGGAGCACUGGGAGCUGUCCCAGCACACACUGGGAGCUGUCCCGGCACACACUGGGAGCACUGGGAGCUGUCCCAGCCCAGACUGGGAGCGCUGGGAGCUGUCCCGGCACACACUGGGAGCUGUCCCAGCACACACUGGGAGCACUCGGGGUGUCGCUGGUGCCCGCUGUGUGUCGGUGCCGCUGGGUGUCCGUGUGUCCCGGCGGGGCUGUCCCGGGGACAGGGGCGGGGCUGGGCUGGGCUUUCCUUUCGUUGUUGUCGGGCUGUUCUUUUGGGGUUCAGGUUUGGCCGUUUUUCCGCGGGGAGGGGGGUGCGGGUCUGUUCCGGGGUCAUGGACAAGGCGAGGGCCUCGAUUAGGACCAAAUUUUCGUGCCUGUUGCUCUGGUGAUUUAUUUAGAAAUCAAAAGUUGACUGUGUGGUGGCCCAUCCUUGUCACUCUAUACAUAGGAAUAUACAGGACAUAUUAUAUAUAUAUAUAUAUUAUACAUAGUGUGCGCAGGGCCGCUCCUGGCCGCACGGACACUCCGCACUGGGCUCCAGGGCAGCUCCGGCCCCGCGCCGGGAGCGCCCGCCGGGAUGGCAACGACACAAUAAAGGAAUGAGCAUCA